UAUUGACACAAUUAAAUCGCCAUCUUGCAAUGUUCAUGAUUUUAGUUGCUUGUAAGCUUUGCCCAGAUAUCUUUCGACAUAUAUAUUGACAUUUUUAUUUAAUAAUUAUUCAUUCGCGCACUUUCUCUGUCUAUUACAUCCGUCCAUUAUUUUAACGCGAUGUAAUUUGUGACACGAAGAAAAAAAAGUGACGAUUGUGGUCGCGAUUAUUUUGCGCUUCGAACCGAGGCAUCGCAUCGAGAGGACGUAAUAAUAUUAUUAUUAUACAUAAAUAUUUGGGAGCGAAGAGGCCGUGACACAACGGGCUUCGAAUAAUCUGUUUCUCGUUCAAGUCAAUCAUGGAUGACUUGCAAAAUUACAAGCUGCAGCUUCAGCAGGUGGAAGCGGCUCUUACGACAGAUCCGAAUAAUGAGGAGUUGAUAAAGCUGAAAUUCGAUCUGAAGGAAGUAAUAAAGCUGACACAUGAUUUAAUUAAGUCACAACAACAGGAAAAAAGACAAGCCAAUGGCAUGGAUGCUAAAGAUCCUAUUUUGCUUGCAGUUCUGGCCAAUAAGUGGAAGGUCGGCGAUCAGUGUAUGGCACCCUGGAGCGAAGACAACAAAUAUUAUGAAGCAACCAUAGACUCGAUAAGUGAAGAUGGAGUUGUAAAUGUAACAUUCAAUGAAUAUAAGAACACUGAUGUCACCAUGCUCAGUCAGUUGAAAUCUGUUGCUAAGAGGCCAGCAUCAGACUGGGCAGAUCAAAAAUCAAAGAAAAGGAAGAUGCAAGCAGCUGCAGUGGCAGGUUCAGAUCCAAACAAACAGAGAGAAUAUCUUAAGAAGAAGAAACAGAGGAAAUUACAGCGAUUUAAGGAACUGGAAGAAGAACGUGAGCUGGAGAAAAAUAAAUGGUUAGCGUUUACCAAUAAGUCUUCAAAGAAAGGCGUCAUAAAGAAAAGUAUCUUUGCGACGCCGGAGAAUGUGAAUGGUCGUGUGGGAAUCGGUACCUGUGGCGUUAGUGGUCGAGAAAUGACUAAGUUCAGUAACGGAGAGAAAUGGAGACGAGGAGCUUAAAUAACUUAAAUAGAGAGACUGCUGAUUUUUUCACAAACAUUGAUAUGCGGUGGGUUGAAUUAAUGCGCGCGAUCGCAAGACUGGCCAUGAUAUUUUCACAAUAUACACAGGGAUAAUACAUUUUCAUGUGUCAACACCGACCCUGUAAGUACCGAAACAAUUUCGGAUUUUUUACCGUAAUACAAUUCAAAAUAAUAUUGACAAAUAUGAAUGUGUUUUUAGAUUAAUAUGUUUCUGUUAAUAUAAUUUGUCUACAAACAAAAAUUCAUAUAAAUAAAUGUAUAUAAAUGUUUAAUUCAUGAAGCAAACAAAAUACCAAUUUAAUAUUUUUUUUUUUUAAUGGAAUAAGUGAGAAAAACUUAUUAAAUAAUAUAUAACCAAAGAAUACAGAAUGUUUCAAUUGAUUUUAAUAUAUAUAAUUUAGUACAGGUUAAUUAUAUAACGAAAUAAAAAAAAACGAAUGAAAAAAUGACCAUUCCACUAUUUAGUAAAGAUUUAAUAUAGCUUUUCUUUUCUUUCUCUCUUUCUAUUUAUUUCUCUAAAAAAAUUUUGAGCUCAUCUUUUAUUAAUAAGAAAUAUUCUUCCGUAGUAUCAUUAAUAACAUUCUUUACUUUAUCUUCUGUCAAAUUAUUGUACACUUCUUCAUCUAAAAAUUAUAUUAUUCAGUCAAUAUUAUUUAUAUUCCAACAGAAAUAAUAUUAUGAAUACAGAUAUUAUUCUUACCUCUAAUUGAAAAAUGCCCAAAAAAUUCACAUACUGCAGGUAAAAAGGCAGUUGUAUCUCUAACACCAGUAGAAUGUUUCCUCACCCAAAUAUAAAUGCGUAAAUCGUUAUACGAAUCGUCGUUAGAUCGUGAUUUUGCUCGUGUAAUGUAUACAUUGUGUGCUACUUGAUGUAAUUGUAAAUAAUUCACUAUAAGGAAUGUUUGAGACACAAAAUCCUGCAUACUUUUAAAACUAGACAAUUUGAGGCAGAACCCUUUCGCCGGAUAAUUUAUCAAUAAGUAUACAUUAGAUGUAUAAUUGUAAAUAUCCUAACAACAAACAAAAAUAGAUGUCUGUAAUGUAUUGCAAAUAAGUUUUUAUAAUAAGCAGACAAUUAUAUAUUCAAAUAUAUUACUUACAAUGUAUUCAAGAAGCAUUUCGUAUUUUAAAUAGUACAAAUGCCAGUGUAAAUGAUUAACAGAUGCAUGAGCACACAAACUAUUGAAAGUAGCCCUCAAAGACCUGAAAUGGAAAAAAAUCUGUAACAUCACAUCUUGACAAAUGUUUUUGAUAACACAAUUAUUAAUGAUUACCAUGAGCUGCUUAAAAGACAUAAUUCUACCACUUUGCGAAGACUGUACUCUGUCAUAACUUGUGGUAAACAUUUUAAGCGUUCCAAAAGAACUAAACAAUGACCCUCUUCCAAAGGACUGGCAUUAAUUGCAACUAUAUCAUUUGUGUCACCAUCACCAAUGUCAAAUAAUAUUUCUUGUUGUGUUAGAUUAGUGAAAUUAAAACGUGUGGAGUCGAAAGACUGCAGCAUAGAUGUAAUUGAUUCUGGUACACGUCUACAUUCAGCUCUUUCUGGAUUUAACUGAAAUUAUCAAUGGUAUUCUACAUUAGAGUUUGAUAAAAAUAUUCUUAUUAACAUCUAUGUGUGUACCUGUACUAAAAAUCUGUAUCUGCCUUUCAAUGAUUUAUUGCUCCUUAUAUUUAAAGUGUAUCGAAAUGCUUUGGCCUUUUCAGCCUGCUUCCACGUUUGCUGUAAAAUAUUAUCAAAUAGGCUCUCUUUUUCUUCAUAUAAUUUAACGACAAAAUUAAAAUCUUUUGAUUCAUAGGAAAAUAUAGGAAUUUGUUUAUGUGAAAGCAUCUUGCAUAUAAUCGUGAUGAUUUAUAUUAAAUAUAACGAACAAAUUUAAUAUGUAAACGUAACAUCAACUCAGUGUCAAUAAGGUGUAACAGGUCCAUCAUCGCAGCAUUGUUUCCUUAUCUAUAAAAAAGAAGUAGGAAUUAAGAAGAAAUACUUAAAUCUUUGAAGAAUAUUAUAAUAAACACGAUAUAAUGUGUCUUACUGGACAUAUGCCACAAGGAGUUCUAAUCAAUCCAGGUGAAGUAGCUAAAGGCUGAAUUGCUCUAUAUAAAUUGCUUCCAUCUCCCGCAAGUAUUUGUUCAACCUUACCAUCGUAAACCAAGGUAUUUAAAAUCAUUUCCAUAUUUGUUACAGAUAAUUUCACCUAUAUAAAUAAAUUGAUAUUUUUAUCUUAAGCAGAAAACUUCAAAGAAUAUGUUUUGAUGCAUUAAAAAUAUUACCUUACUGAUUCCUAAAUCUGAAAUAUAUUUCCAUACAUCUUUAGAUGAAGCAAAUGUCUUGUUUCUUGCAUCGAUAGGUCCAUUGUUACAAGUUUUUGUUUUUUCUCUUUUUUGUUCCAAAAAUCGAUAACAUUGUUGAUUCAAUACAUCAACGAAUUCUGUUUCAAAAUCUUGAUCUUGAUACCAUGCACCACCUGUUACUGAUUCAUCAGGUUCUAAAUUGUACAGCAUAUAUACCUUCUUCUUACUUGCUGCUACAGAUUUAACGACUUUAAUUAUCUUCUUGGUUUCCAAGCUUUUCAAAAUCUUUUUUAAUUGAGUAUGCAUCAGAUUCGAUUUAAAUCUUAUGUCUCGAGUCCAUAUUCCUUUAUUCCCUGCUUCUUCAAUAAUUCUAUAGACUAUCUUCUCUUCAUUAUCAGCACCCUUAACUAAUUUUGUCGGAUCUUUCAAGCGAUAGGACAAUGAUCCUCCAUGUUUAUAUAGAUCAAAGUAUCCUUGCUGCAAAAGCUUAUUUAUAAUUUCAGCUCGUUGAUUUAAUGGUAGAUCAGGCAGCUCAAUAGCCAAGUCUUUGUCAGAAAUACCUUUAGGUCUGGCUUGUGCCAAAGCAAUUAUUCUAUGAAAAAUACAGAGUAUAUUAGAAUAAAUGAUGAAAGAGAAGCAAGAUUUUAUAAUAAACAAAAUAAAAUCAAUGACAAUCCAAUUUA